AUGAAUGGCGAAAGAAAGAAGAAGGGGAUGGAAGAGGAAGCGGAAGGCACCGACUCUCAAGAGCCCCUCCAUGAACCUAACGAGGUUGAAGACGAGGACGGCUUUCUCCUUGAGGUUGUGGCUGCUCGGAUUGACUUGCAUAGGAGAUUGGAUACCCAAGCGGCAUGCAAAGAUACCGGUACAGAUUUCCAAGGAGGGACACCGGUAUCCACCGAUGAGAAACAAUCUGAAGCACUCAGCGGCCCCUGCGUUUUGAUGGGCAAGACGCUACCUGGCCCGAAUCCUUCCGGAAACUCCGGGAGAGCACCUGUGUCAGAACCAGGUGCAUACGCCGAAGGGGGUAUCAACUGCGAAGGCACACCGAAUGUAGGAUCCACUAGGUCGACUGACAAUAACUUGGAAGAUGGGGCGAUGACGACAAGUGCUAUCUGUGAUACCGGCUUGGAGUCAGUCUCAAUUGUCGUCCGAGCCGACCCUGUGGAUGAAGCGGAUCUGCCUCAUGCUGUGGAAUGGACAACAGAGAUGGCAAACAACGAGCAGAACGGCAGCUGCUUCAAAUUGUUUGUUUGUGGAGCCUUGUUAGUGAUGGUAGCAGUAGUAGUAUUGGCCCUUUCACAAGCGGACAAUGGCAACCCGGCAUCCCUUGAUGCUGCUGGCACAGGGAGCCAAUCCAAGGAACCUACAAUGUCCCCGAUCGAGCAAACGACAUACAGUCCAUCAAUGAUUCCAAGCGAGCUGUUACUUCUGGACCUUCCAGACUAUACAAUUGAGGCAAUCUUGGCGGACGCCCAUUCCCCUCAAGCAAGGGCUUUUCAUUGGCUGCGCCAAGAUCCAUACCUGACAAACUACACACAGAAUCGACGACAUGUACGCAUGGGAUUAGCUGCAUUCUACUACUCCACUGGCGGGGAUGACAGUUGGAUCGAAAACGACAAGUGGCUGGUGUACGACGAACACGAGUGUGACUGGCUAUCACAUUUGCGAAAGAUGCAGUUUUGGGGAGGGCCUGGGGAUCCAUGUGAUCAACAGCGAAACUUUCAAGAACUGGUCCUUUCCUCGAAUGGCUUGGCUGGAAGCAUCCCCGAAGAGAUUGCCUUGCUCUCUAGCCACAUCGGCACCAUAGGCCUUAUUGAUGAACCUAUGCUUCAGGGGCCGUUGCCAUCGACGCUGGGCCUCCUCUCCAACUUGUCAAAUGGGUUGAGAUUGGACAAUGUUGCCAUAACCGGAUUCAUUCCAAGCGAACUUGGCCUGAUGACCUCCACCAGGCAUCUGACGUUCCGGAAUACUUUGCUACAAGGAGCUCUUCCAUCUGAGAUUGGGCUAUUCAAUGCACCGUUUCAAUUCUUUGGACGUGGACGUCGUGUUGGUACAACAAUUGACUUGAGUCAAAACAAGCACCUUUCCAGUAGGCUUCCAUCUGAAAUUGGACUUGUCUCCAACCUCGUUUGGCUCAACAUUGUGGGAAGCAAGAUUGAACCUCCCCUGGACUUUCCAACCGAGAUUGGCUUGUUAGAACAUCUCAGUCAUAUGGUCAUUGAAUCAACGUCGUAUGAAGGAACACUUCCAACGGAACUUGGAGACUUGCAAAGCUUGGAAGUCCUCGAGAUGAAAGAUAACAGUUUCUAUGGAUCUGUGCCCUCGGAACUAGGUCACCUUCAAGGGUUAGAGGUCUUGUCUCUCUCCUACAAUCGUUUGAGCUCCACUCUUCCAACAACAAUGGAGCAUCUUGGUACUCUACGGUCUUUGAAACUGGACGGAAACCCAAGCUUGAGCGGGUCGCUCCCUGAUUCGUUGUUCACGAACCUUGUCAACCUCACCACGUUGCUAAUAGAGGGGACGAGGCUCACUGGAAGCAUACCCGAGGCCAGCUGUGUACGCCUUCUAGACUACAACAUUGAAUGCCCAUUGGUUUGCGGCUGCGAAUGCUCUUGUUCUACUCCAUAG